AUGUACAAAUACGAUAGUUCGGAGCCACUCUGCCUAUCACCAUUUCAUCUUCCUCCUACUUUGCUGGGACAUCCUUUCUUUGGUGUAUUACCCGAUCGCACUAGUUUUCAUCUGAACCGCAUUAAGCCCGACCAAAGGCAAGAAGACUGUCAGCCAGCAGUUUGUCAUUGUUCGUCACCAUUGCCACCAUUUGCUCCCUGGUGUGUCGAAGCCACCAUGGAAGAUCAUAUCGGUGAGACCAGUGCAGUCGCUAUUAUUCUUCUGUUUGUUUCCUUUGGUACCGUCAUCCUCGUCACGUUUCUGGACUGCUUCGAGGCAUUGGCUUUCAUAUCCAAGCACGGUAUCCAAGAACUCAAAGUCAUUGAGAAGUAUUGA